AAGCACUAACCGUUCUAACAGAAUUCGCGAUAAGAAGACAGGAUUUAUAUUCUGUGCCCAUAGCAACCAUCCCAUCCUUGCAUAGCAACCGGUUGUUUGGGUUCUGGAAGGAUCAAACAUUUUUCACAUUGCAAAAUUUUUUGUCAUUUAAAUUUAUUUUCCAAGUAAAAUUCAUUGAAUUUUGGUGAAUAUCAAUAUCAUAACCAUGUCUGAACCUGGACAAAUGGUAAGCCAUUGGGGCUCUUCAGACCGCGUCAGGGACCAUGUCAUGGCAUGUUUAGAAUCUGCAUUUAUCAGACUGGCCGGGUCAGAUUCGACUUCCCUGUUAAAGCGGUUCUUUACUAGAGAAGUAUUGGAGGAACUGAAGAUGAAAACUACCUCUUAUGGAGCCACACUUCUUGAUUGUAUUGAUACUGGCGUCGACAAUCUUGAUCUGGAAAUCGGAGUCUAUGCACUGGACGCUGAAUGUUACAGUGUGUUCGCAGACCUUUUUGUCCCCAUUAUAGAACAAUACCAUCAAAUUGAAACAACAACUAUGCAACCCGGCGUCGACAAUUGGGGCCCGAUAACCGACUUCAAAGAUGUGGAUCCCCAGGGAGAAUACGUUGUAUCCACAGGAGUAAAAUGUUACAGGAACCUCAAAGGGUAUCCAUUCAGUGGUCUCAUGAGUAAGCCAGACUAUGACGAAAUUGAAACUAAAUUGUCGGAGGCUCUAAGACUCCUUCCUCUACAAUUCGAAGGACAAUUGCAGGGGACUUAUCAUUCUUUGUCAGGUGUACCAGCAAAUGUCCAAACCGAAUUUAUCGCUGAAAACUACUUCAAAAAUGGCAAACGUUUAGUGGGAGCAGCGGCUGUGGCCGGUAGGCGACGAUUUUGGCCAGCUGGUAGAGGCGUUUUCUAUAAUCAGGAAAAAACCUUUAUGUUGUAUGUUGGCGAGGAUGAUCAUGUCACAAUAAUGAGCAUGCAACAAGGAGGAAAUAUGGGAGAAGUCUUGAAAAGGUUGACAUUGGCACUUCAACAUUUUCAUCAUACCAUGGAAUUUUCCACCGAUGAACGAUUUGGGUUUUUGACACAUUGCCCAUCCAAUUUGGGUCAAGCUAUGCAAGCGUAUUUUGAAAUCAGAGUACCCAAACUCGCUACUGACAUGCCUAAGCUCCAAGAGAUAGCUGCCAAGUAUGACAUGAAGAUAAAAGUAGAAGAUCCCAACAUGGAAGGUGUUAUUGAGCUGCAUAAUUCCAAAGGUUUCGGGCGUACUGAAUAUCAAAGUUUGAAGAUGAUGUCACUUGGCAUCACUGAAAUUAUUGAGGCUGAAAAAAGUGCACCAAAUGUGGAUGUUUUGCAACAAUAAUGCUCAUUGAAGCCAAUCGGCUGAUGUUUCUGGUAUUUAAUAGUUUAGUAGUAUAGUAUUUUAACCCAGAUUUUCUGUGUUGAUUUAAAUGAAAUAUGUCAAUAUCUUGAUAUUGUAAAAUAUUAAGUUUGUUAAAAAUACCUAAUGUAAUCAUAUGCAGUAUUUUAACAGAAAUUUUAUUUGUUGAGUUAAAUGAAAUAUCAUAAUAUGUAUUGGAAAAUAAUAAAUAAUAAAUUUG